AUCGAGGUGAGGAUCACGUGCGGCACUGACCUCUACCUCCCGCCAUUUUUAUUCGUCUUUGGCGUGAUCAGCAACAUUUUCGUUAUAAUCGUCAUGCGCAGUAAGGCCUUCCGGUCUAUCUCUACUUCCUUCUACAUGACGGCCAACGCCGUGACGGACGCCACCAGCUUACUGAUCAACCUUCCCGUCCAUUACAUCUUCGUCAACUUUCACCAGGUGUUCCGCAACGCCAUGCACGCCCACUACAUGUGUUCAUUUUUCAACGUCUUGGGCUGGGGCAGCAGCGACCUGGGCAUAUUGUUCACAGUCGCCAUGACGACGGAGCGCGCGAUCGCCAUCAGGUACCCACUGCGAGCCUACAGGCUGUGCACGACACGCCGGGCGAUGAUGGUUGUGAUAGGGUUGACCAUCUUCGAGCUCCUUAAACUUUCCCACAUGGCGUACAAGUCGAGGGUCGUGGCCAACACGACCAGCAGGCUGUGCGACCUCAACACGGACAACCCGGAUUAUGCGAAUUUCGUCGAGUACAUUUGGCCGUGGAUCCAUUUUUCUAUACUGAUGGUAAGCUAUGUCCUAGUCAUGGCCGGCAAUGUCGUCAUACUGGUCAACAUUAAAAAAUCGAGCAACGCCGCAGCCACGAACGGCGUGGGUCGUAAAACGGUCAGCAAGGAGUCCAGGUCCGCCGCAAAAAACCGCCAACUCUCCAUCAUGUUGGUUCUGGACUCCUGCUGCUUGAUCGCGUGCACACUUCCGUACGGCAUCGUCAUCAUUUUGACCACAAGGUUUCCCGUCCUGAAAGAUUCUCUGGGUGGUAAGAACCUGGCCUACACGUCGACGUUCUACCUGCUCUACAUCAACCGAUGUUUGAACUUUCUCCUCUACUGCAUCAGUGGAGCAAGAUUUAGGGAAACCAUCAAAAACAUGUUC